AGCGCCCUAGUCAGUUUUGACCUCCAUUUGUGAUGAAUGCGUCGGACUUGUCAGUUAUAGGCUGUCGCGUCAGUAUAAUAUCUAAAGCCAAGAUAAGAUAUGAAGGAAACCUUCACUCCAUAGAUUUUGACACGCCCAACGAACCCGUUAUUACUCUUUCAAAGGUUUGGUCUUUUGGCACUGAGGACCGCCCUUGUGAGCGACCAGUUGCUCCUCGGAAUGAAGAGUAUAAUCAGGUGGUGUUUCGUGGCCGGGAUCUAGACGACGUACGUGUCGUGCAGUCUUCUGUAUUUUUAAAUGAAGACUCUGCAAUCGUUAGUGCAGCACCUGGGUCUGCUUUGUCCCACCCUCCUGGACUCCCAGUUAAUGAAAGUAGAGGUCGCUUGGGUGGGUUUUCACUUUGUUACUCUAUUCCUUGCAGAUCUUAAUCCUAGUCGUGUUUCUACUGGAUGCUCAGAAUUGUCUCCCAUACCAGCAUCUCAAUCUGUCUCACUUGAUAGCCUAAAUCAGAAUACCUACCUAAACAAUUCGUACCAGAUGCCUUCAGUUGGUUGUCGGCCGGCUCCUAUAGGGACUGUCCAUGCUGAUAGCCCCCAGGUUUCUGAUACUCGUGGCCAAAGACCGUUUGGAGAUAUGCGUAGCAACAUAGACCCAGGGACUUUAAGCACAUCUGGAAGAGGAGGUACAAGUUCUAGGGAUGUUCAAGAGUCUGGAUCAGGUCCUUCUAGACAUCGUGCUGUCUUGGGAUCUGGUGUGCAUAACGACUACCCACAGCCAUGGGUUAACCGAGACCAAGGGGUUAGAAAGGGUGACACUCACAAAAAUACACCUAAUUAUCAUCAGGGGCAUGAUUACUCAAGAGAUAGGCGCGGAGGAUAUAGUCAACAGUGGUCAACAAAUCAUCGUGGCUCCAGGGGUUCUGGGCAUACUUAUGGUGGUUGGGGUGGUCGGUCAGCGGGUGGUCAUGAUUGGCCUAAAUUCAGGUCAAAUGCAUCUACAGUAAAUGAACACACCAACUUUUCGUUAGAAUAUGACUAUGAAAGAGCUAACGCAGAACUUGCAGCUGAGUUGAAAAAAAUAACGAUCAGUACUAAAACAGGUUCGUCAGGUACUUCCGUCGACAACGCGGAAAAUGAUGGAAGCAGCACAACUGAGGACGAAAACACGUGCUAUGAUAAAUCCAAGUCGUUUUUCGAUACUAUUAGUUCCGAGAUGAUGGACCGCGCAAAUGGCCUAAAUCCUCAAGGAAUGAACAGACGGGACGAAAGACUCCUCAAUUCAGCAACUUUUGGUACUGUUCCACAGCAGUAUCCCAGAAGGACAGGAUAUCACAAUCAACGUUCUUUUGGAUAUGGCCAAAAAAGAGGGGGUAAUUCAUCUAGUGGUAACUUCUGGCGAUCUAGUGGUACUGGAACCAAUAAGUCCCUAUUCUCCAAUUCAUCACACGCACCUCUUCCAACAUCUGGACGAGCUGGUUGAUAUGGGCCUUGUACAUUUUACUGCAAAUAAUUACUUCAAUAUGAAACUCCUUAAUACAAAGUGAUCGACUGAUAUUCAAACUUAUCUCGGUCUUUACAGAUGACUUACUAGCUCAUGUUUCUAUGGGACUAAUUUAAUUAUUUUUGAUUGACAAAAUGCAUACUGUUAGUGCUUCUGUUGGUAUAAUACUGUUCGGAAUUGAACUGUUUUGUGUUUAAACACGGUUGCAUUUAUUGUUUGUUGUAAUUGCUUUUCGAUCUGACUGUUGGUUUAUUUCGAGCAGUUUACAUUUUCUGAAAUAUAAUCAUGUAAAUACCUGUUUUGCAAAUAUAUUUUAAAAUAACUAA